UUUCUCCUCCCUUCUUCUUCAGUUAAACCGAUGCUUUGGUGGUACUUGUGCUCUAAAACAGAUUGCUUGGGAAGCAAGUAAAAAGGAAAACCCUUGUGGUGAUCCUUCUGCUAAUCAGGAUAAAAUGAAAUCUGAUGCAUUAGGAGCAUCUGGACACACCUCAUCUACCAAUCGGAAUAGCAAUAAUAAAGCUUUGAAGCAUGAUGAUUUAAAGGGGAAAGACAGCAAAAAAGCAGUUUGUAAGCUGAUGAAAGAAUCCAAAAUAGGAGAGAAAAUGCCUUCACCGAAGGCUAGAGCUGUUAUAAAGCCCAAAGCUGAAAAUAAUGGAAAUGCUAAGAAUGAAACACUGUUGGCCAAACAAGAUUCUGACCGGCCAUUACCUUCUAGCGGGCACAAAAAUGCAGGAAGCAGCAAAACAUCAAAAAACCAAGAAGGUAAAACGACAGGUGCCCGCCCCAAAGUAUUUGCAGGAAUCUCAAAUGUACAAAUUAAAGCAAAACCUGUGAAGAAGGCAAUUGGAAAGGAAUCUCCUUCUCUCGUAAGCACAGAUACUCUAAGCAAAUCAACCAAUUCAAGUCCAGAUCUGCGGAUGUCCAUUGAAAAAGAUGACCUCAAAGAGGAAAAAGGAGAUGAGAGCAAAAAGCAGUCAGCUUUGAAAACAAAAUCUGGUACGAAGAUGACUAAUGGAGCCCUUUCCAAAAAACAUGUUAAUGAACUUGAGGCUAAUAGUCCUACGAACAGUGUUACAAAGAAAUGUGUUGGGAAAGGCAACAAUGAACACGUACCACAAGCAGUUAUGAAGAAAAGGGCAAAUGAAGCUGGCAGUUCUGUACCUCAGCAGAAGACAAAGAAUAUAGCUAAUGCUACAAAAAAUCAAGGUCUACAAGGAGAUUUGUCAAAUCCACUUAAGGCUGCUCUUUCUCCAAAACAGAAUGAAGAGAAUGGUAUGACACAAGAUACGACACUAACUUCACUGAAGAAAAAAGCUAAAUCUUCACAAGCAACCUCAGUUAAAGCUACUGCAAAAAUAGUAACAACCAAAACCCAAUCUCAUUCAAAGAAGACUGAAAUGACAAAUAAUAAGGAACAAAAACAGAAAACAGCUAGUGUUCUAAAACUUCCAUCAGGCCAGAAGGCUCCCAGAAGCGAAUCAUCACUUCCAAAGAACAUACAAGGGGAAGAGCAAAAAAAUUCAGAUCUUAAACUUGAACAACCUACUUUGGAAGAUCAACCAUGUGGUAAUCACAAAUUCAAUCCAGAGGACAAAAAUGAUAGUGGAACAUCUUUACCUGAAUUACAAAGGCAGAAUAUAUCUAUUUUGGAAAAAAAUAUUUCUCUUGAAGAAAUGGCUUGCAAGAGAGAUUUGGGACCUUCUUGCAUGUCAGAGCAGAAUAUGUCGAUGAAGCACGACGAGGCAGCCAAACAAAUUCACAAAAAUGAGGAUGAUAAAUCUCCCAUAAAUAAAAAAAUGGAGCAAUGUUCCCUUGAAUUGCAUCCUAUUCAAUGUCAUGAGAGUGUUGCAUGUGGAAACAUUAGCCAAAAUGCUACACAUUUGACUUUAAAUGAAACGGAAAAAUGCAAAACACUUCCCGAAUCUGUUGCUUGCCAGAAUUCCUUAGAAACUUUAAGAAAAAAUGAGAACCAUUUGGUACAAGAAAAAUCAGUUGUCUCUUUUGAUACCUUGGAAGCCGAAAAGGAUAUUAGCCAGGUGAAUGACUCAUCACACAGGCUAUCUGAUGGUUCAAACUCUGAACAGGAAGAGAAAAAAUCCUCUACUUUUAAAACCUUUGUGAUAGAUUCUGAAAGUGCUGAUGAACUGUCUGAUAAGUCUGCCUUGACUGACUCACAGUUGGCUACAGUGGAAUCAGAGCCUGCUUCAAAAUCUUACAUAGAGCAAGCGGCAGAAAAAUGCUCUUCUAAAGAUACUGACACUACAGAAACUCCAGAAAGUCAUGAAAAUUCAGAUGCUCCAUUUACCGAUCAAUGGAAUAUAAGUUCCAGCGCACUCGAUCCAAAAGAAAGCCCUGAGUCAGAUACUGGCAGUGCAACAACAUCAUCAGAUGAUAUAAAGCCAAGAUCAGAAGAUUAUGACGCAGGGGGAUCUCAGGAUGAUGAGGGAUCAAAUGAAAGGGGAAUUUCAAAAUGCAGCACCAUGCUAUGCCAUGAUUUCCUUGGCAGAAGCAGUAGUGAUACAAGUACACCUGAAGAACUAAAAAUGUAUGAUACAAGUCUCAGAAUAGAAGUAAAAAUGAAAAAAGAAAACUCUGAACUCUUUCGGGUAAUAUCGACGAGUGAUGAGGAAAUCCCUAGAAAAAAGCCUGAAACAACAUGGUUACGUCAGGGUGGAGAAAGACGAAGUGGAUCCAGUGGUGGUAACACUAAUUUUGCCACCACGCAAUUUCCUCAAGAAGCUGAUCAGGUCUCUUCUUCGGCGGAUGAGACAGAGGAGGAAAAGUCUGAAAAUGAAAACGCUGUGGACAAAAUGCCUCCACCAGAAAUUCCUGUUCAGCAGUUCCAUGGGAUAGUGAAUCUAGCAUUUGAUGAUGCAACGGAAAAUGAUAUUGAAAGUCAAGAAUUCUCUGCCACUAAAAAUUUUAAGCGCUCCGUAUUACUGUCGGUGGAUGAAUGUGAAGAACUGGGAUCUGAUGAUGGUGUAGAGGUUCAUACUCCUCUGCAAUGCACUCUGGAUGCUGCAACACCUUCCGAUGUGUUUGAUAGCGUUUCCCAUGAGCGCCACAGCAAAACAUUUUAUUCAAGAUACUCACUGGAGAUUGAGGAUGGGUUCCUGGAUUGUAGGGGAGAUGACAAAGAAAAGUUGCACAAAAAUGAAAAACCCUCUAUAGAUCCUCACGAGAGCGAUCAAACCGUGAACGAUACUCUAGUCGCUUCAGUUACAGAGCAAACAUGCGUGGAGAGAGCUGAGAAAAUAAGGGACAACCAACCUUCUGCAGAAGUCAAGUGUGAAGGAAGUAAUGGCUUUCAGUGCAAUAAACUUUCAGACAACGACACAAAAACUCAAGGAAGACCUUGUCACUUGGAUCUUCAUCAACGUGAUAAUAUUGACUUACAGAAGAACAGCUCUACAAAACCUGUUGAUCCUUAUAAGACUCACUUCCUGGCUCAAGAAGGUAACAUGAAAGAGUCAGCAUCCCCUGAAUACACCGACACUGCUUUACUGGCAGUAGGUAACUUUAAGUGGGAUUGCAUUCCAGGAGUAUUAGUGAUUACCAAAAUGUCUGCAAGUUGUGGUCAAGAAAAAAUACGAUGGAUUACUACAAUCAUUCUGAGUUCAUCUUUCCAGGAUCAUGAAAUUUCAACAACCUUACAAAAUCAGCAACACCGGGUUCGUUAUUCAGAGUCAGUGGAAGAUGGAUCUAUUAUUUUCUCACUUUCUGGUGUUGCAUUUUUGCUUGCUGACACUCAAGAUUUGCUAUUGACAAGCAGCAAAGUCAUUUUUGAAAGAAUAAAAAAGUUCAUGACCAUUCACAGAAAUGGAUUUUUACUUUUAUCAGCUGCCCUUCAUGGACCAAAAGAAUGGGAAGUGAUGUUCAGAAUUCAGCAGAGAUUUUUAGGCAGUAAUUUACGAAUAGUUCCAGUCCAUAAUACUGCUGAAGCUGUUAAAUUAAUGUUGACCAUAGCAAAGACUUCUUCAAAACCCUAUCUGGACAACAUUCACUACAGAAUGCUAAUGGCAAAGACACAGAUUAUAGAACAAAGCCCUGUUUGGAAAAUGCUUCAUCACAGUCAAUUGCACUGAAGUUAAACAUCCAAAUUAU